AUGUUCGUGCUUUGGCUACUCGUGCUGUUUAGCGUGUUGGGACUUGUAGCCAGUGAUUUUUUCUGCCCGAACUUAUCGUCGAUUGCGGCCAAGUGGGGUAUGAGCGAUAGCAUCGUGGGUGUAACACUCUUGGCACUUGGCAACGGAUUCCCAGAUGUCGUUUCGACCUUCCGAGCCAUGGAUAAAGACGCUGGCACCAUGGCCAUGGGCGAGAUCAUGGGGGCCGCUGUGUUUACGGUGGCAAUUGUGUGUGGAUCUAUAAUGGUGUUCUACUCGUUCGACAUACCACCCGUUGCCUUCGUACGUGACGUAGGCACGUAUAUGCUGGCUGUCAUACUCGUUCUCUCUUUUCUUCGCGAUGGCACUCUCGAUCUAUCCGAUGGAAUCUCUAUGCUUGGAUUGUAUGUCGCUUACAUUGGUGUGGUGGUUAUGGGGGAUCUUUUGUCGGAGAGACGAACGGCGCCCAGUACCCCAACUCCAGCGAAGACUCAGGAUCACUCCGUUUCAAUCCAGAUCCCUGUUGAGCAUACACCGCUCUUGCGUGAUCGCUCCGAGAGCCAAAUCGGCAGUCCAUCUGGCCCGCGAGUCGCACGCCACUCCAUCUUGUCUGCUAUGCGCAUGCAUGACAUGGCGCUCCAUUCUGAUGCAGGUCUCCUGUUCACGCCAAGCCUCGCAGAACAUGUCAUUGAUCCAGUGUCUAGGGCCGUAUGGCGCCAAUCAACUAGGACACAACGUGUGGCAUCUCUGUCUCCGUCUGCGUCUUUUUCGAACAAACACUCGCCUGCAUCACCGUCAGGCCCUGUCCAAGACCGCCGCAAGCUGACGCGAUGCUUCACAUACAACUCCAUGGAGUGUGUGCCGCCCACGCACACCCACCCACGAACCAGCAAGACCUUUGAUCAAGCCCCAGCUUCCCGCGCCACAGCCUCGAUCAUGUGCAAAAUUAUGGCUCUUCAGGACUGUCACAACAACCAUUUGUCAUUUUCCCGCAUUGUAUUUGUGGCGCUAUGUCCGUCGCUCGUCAACUUCACACACAAGUCCUGGGGCAAUCGGGUCGCCAGCGUAGCCUGUGCCCCGGCCCUAUUCGUCCUUCGAUUGAGUGUGCCGCUCAUCAGCCCAGACGAGUAUCGCUUGCAUGACUCGCUUAGGAUGCUUCGACAGACGUUGUCGGACGAACCGGCCGAUGGAGCCGCGAGGGCCGUCGAGCUACGGGAGGCAGUGUGGGAUGAGGCCGUUGCCGUGUUGGAAACACCUGGUCCUCUAGUGAAAACGAGCGAGCGCGUUGCAGCGGAUCAUUUCCUCUCCAGUAUUCAGUGUGUGGCCGUGCCCGAGAUGAUGCUAUGGUCGUAUGGAGCCUCUCCUGCACUCCUGGCUAGCGUGGGUGUGUGUGGCGGCAUUGUUGGUGUGUUCGUGUGGCGCAAAUUGCGUGCUUCGCCCGACCGCGACUCCCCCGCGCAACUGCAGCGUUUCUUGGUCGUGCGUAGUUUGCUCGGCUUUUUUAUGGGCCUUCUUUGGAUCGUCGCGAGUGUGGAUGGCGUGCUGGCUUUAUUGCGUGCCUGGGGUUACAUUUAUCACUGGAGCGAGGCGAUCCUCGGCCUUACUGUUUUCGCACUCGGCAAUUCGCUCGGCGACGUCGUGACGAACCUAUCUAUCGCGCAACUGGGUCAUCCACUCAUGGCACUGACCGCCUGCUUUGCGAGUCCACUCACGAACCUACUCCUGGGCGUUGGCCUGUCGACUACCUGGCUGACAUCAACACACCCUUCUCGUGCUCCUUAUCGAAUCGCGCUGAGUCCUGCUCUUUUUUUGAGCAGCGCAGUGAUGGUGUGCAUGUUGCUGGUCAUGCUCAUUACAGUGUCUAUGAAUGCCUUUUCAUCUAGCCGUCCACUGGGCCUGUUUCUCCUAAUUACGUAUGUGGGCGUAAUGACCUGCAACCUGGUGCUGGAAAUCAAGAGUACUUGA